AUGGCUCAAUUAAAAUUGCACAAGGAGAAAAAAACCAAGAAGGCAAAGGCAAGAUCAUGUCUAUUUACUGGUGUUUCAUCAAUAAUCUUCACCAGAAUCAUGACUCUCAAAACACCAAAAGCAAUUUGGGACUACUUAAAGGAAGAAUACACAGGGGAUGAGAGGAUUCGAGGUAUGCAAGUGCUUAACUUGAUGAGGGAAUUCGAGAUGCAGAGAAUGAAAGAUUCUGAGACAAUAAAAGAAUACUCUGACAGGUUGCUUUCCAUUGUAAACAAAGUUAGAUUACUCGGCACUGAAUUCACUUAUUCCAGAAUUGUGGAAAAAAUUAUGGUUACAGUGCCAGAGAGAUACGAAGCAUUAAUAACUACUUUGGAGAAUAGGAAGGAUCUGUCCAAAAUCACCUUAGCAGGAGUGUUACAUGCCUUGCAAGCCCAAGAGCAGCGAAGGCUUAUGAGACAAGAUCACGUGGUUGAAGGUGCUUUACUAGCCAAGCAUCAUGAAGUUAGAAGUAGUCAAAGCAGCCAAAGCAAAGACAAAGGUAAAAAGAAAAAUUACCCACCUUGUGAGCAUUGUGGCAAAAUGGGUCACCCACCGCUCAGAUGUUGGAGAAUACCAGACGCAAAGUGCAACAAGUGCAAUCAGCUUGGACAUGAAGCUGUAAUUUGCAAAGGCAAAUUUCAACAACAUGAAGCCAAUGCCAAGGUUGUAGAGCAAGAUGAAGAAGAUCAAAUUUUUGUGGCAACAUGCUUCUCAGCAAGGAGUAGUUCUGAAUGCUGGAUGAUUGAUAGUGGUUGUACAAACCACAUGACAUAUGAUAAAACUCUUUUCAAGGAUUUGAAGCCUGUAAAAUUCUCAAAAAGUCAUAAUUGGGAAUGGUGA